GGUGAAUACUGCUCAGGUGUACAGUUCGAUUUCCUUCAGACAUCUGGUUAGUCAGAUGAGAAUCUGUUGCCUUGGCCAAACAUCACUGGAGAUGUGUAAAUCUGCUCUGUUGCCGACGGUUUCAACUUUCUCAGAGGAUGUGUGAAGAUGAUCUUGCUUACACACCACCAGAGAUUCGUAAAUCUGUCUUGUUGGUCUCUGAUGGUUUCAACUGUAUUCACUCUAUUCGCAAGGGCGGCUAACAGCCAAGUUCAAUGAUGAUGGCCAAGCUAAUCGAGGGAAGUACAACUGGAUCAAUCAGCAUUGGCAGUGUGCAUGACAUCCACACUGAUGUGGUUGAAAUCCCAUGUACCCCUGUCAAUGUCAGGAAACGAAAGAGACGCUCUUAUCAAGAGAGUCCAGAUGGACCGACGGGAGAGGUAAAUGCAGAGAUAAAAAAGCUACUGACCUAUGUACCACAGGUUGACGAGAUUUUCACCAUCAGGAAUAAAAUUGGAGAAGGAACGUUCAGCUCAGUCUAUCUGGCUGAGGUGAAAUCUUGUGGACCAGAUGUCAAACAGCAGUUUGCUUUGAAACACAUUAUUCCUACCAGUCACCCAGAGAGGAUUUUGGGAGAGCUACAGUGUCUUCACCAAAUUGGAGGUACUGAGAAUGUAAUGGGGAUGAAGUUGAGUUAUCGUGAGCGCGAUCACGUUGUGAUUGUCAUGCCGUACUUUCCCCAUGACAGCUUCCACUUGUUCCUGAGGACAAUGAAGAUUUUUGAAAUUCGCGAGUACAUGCGGAAUCUCUUCCUAGCUCUACGCAGAGUGCAUCAGUUUAACGUCAUCCACCGCGAUGUCAAACCGAGUAACUUCUUGUGCAAUCAUCGACUUCAAAAGUACGCCCUCAUAGAUUUUGGCCUGGCUCAGAGGGUACCCACAUCAUCGAGGAAAUCAAGAAUCAAAGGUCAUCCAUCAACACUCUUCAGGUUGUCACCCAAGGUAACACAGAAAACUCAAAGGGCUUCGCAGGUGGCGUCUAAGCAGACAUUGAAGGAGAACAGUAAAGAAGUGAGCAAGGAAUCCAUGCCACGAUUAACUGAGCUGGAUCCAAACACUUUCAACCGGACCCUACCUCAAAAAGCCAAAGGUGGACCCCUAGUCAAGACUUUCCAGCUUCCAAAGACAUUCAACCAGCGAAUAGCAAUGCCUAAGAAGCCAGUUCCCACCCUCACAAGACCAGAGCGGCAGAAGCCAGCAGGGAGUGCCAGGCUAACCUCGGGCCGAGGCCCGGCCCACAAGACCUGCAGUUGCUUUGGGUUGCUGCAAGUCUGUGAAGUCUGUACGUCACGGAGUGGCCAGUCGGCACCCAGGGCUGGCACCCCUGGGUUCAGAUCACCAGAAGUUCUGCUGAAAUGUCCUGAUCAGACGACAGCUGUUGACAUGUGGGCAGCUGGUGUAAUCUUUCUGUCUAUCCUGAGUGGCCGGUACCCAUUCUUCAAAGCACAGGACGACAUGACGGCACUGGCUCAGAUCAUGAGUAUAGUGGGCACCGAGGAAAUGAAGACAGCUGCCAGGGAAUAUGGCAAGGAGAUAACCUGUAGUGUGAAGCUUCCGGCGAUGGAUUUGAAGAAGAUGUGUAUUCAGCUCAGGAAGAUACAUUCCGACACCUUUCCACCAUCCGGAAAAAGGAGCAAGCUCAGUACGCCAGAGGUACCUCCCAGGAACACCAGAAGACGCAGCCUCGACAAUCAGCGUCAGACAUCCCCAGACGGAACCCCCAAUGCUUCCCCAACGGCAGCACAUGGCAAGAGGCGGUCCUCACGAAGCCCACCCUCUAGAGUCCCAAAGCCGAUAGGGAAGGACUUGGUGCCUGACUCGGCAUACCACCUGCUGCAACGCCUUCUGGACUUGAAUCCCAGCACCAGAAUAACUGCCGAGGAAGCACUGAGACAUCAAUUUAUACAAGAAUGCUAAGAAGGGGGCUUUGAAAUCCAAAUGAUCCAUUCCGCAAUAAAAAAAUUCAAAUGACCCCGGCACUGUCAUUUCUGCAGACAAUCCCAUCAAUUUAACUUAAUAGAAAUCUAAUAGCUACGGUGCUUUUUCGCCGGGAAUAAAUGAUGGGAUUAUUUUCACGCGCAGAAUAAUUUAGAAGGGACUUUUAACAGCACAUUUUAUAUCAGUAUAAUGUUAAUAAAGAAUUUGAUCAUUUUGAAGAAUACAGUGUAAUGCAGCCUUGUCUUGAGUCUUUUCUUCAAGUUUCCUAUAAAAAAUAAGAUUUGCAUAACACGUCUUGUCUGAAUAUUAUCUCACAUGUUGUGACAUCUUCAAAACGCAAAUGAAAAAGUAACACGAGUAAUCAGUUUAGAUGCAAAACACAAAAACCAUGCCAAAAAGUGAACACAGGAGGCGGAGAUCCAAUUACAAGAAGCUGAGGUGUACAGAGGCUGUGGGUUGAUACAAAUUUGAAAAUUUGCCAUCCACUUUCCAAAGAAUAACAAUCCACGUGUUACAGAGCUCUUGUUCAUACACAAGAUGAAUCAUAAAUGUACGAUACUUCACCUUUUAGUAGUUAAAUCUGUUUAUUUGAAUACUUGCCAAUUAUCACAUUUCAAUACAAAAGUUAAACUACAAAUAGAACUCAGUGCGUUUUGUUAUUCAAUAGAUGAGACCAACAUUUCACUGAUCAAUUGAAACAAGUUCCACAUUAUUUUUGCACCUAAACUAUCUCCCUGAAAACGUGUACAAAUGUCGACACACAGCACAGUCACAUCUACUUAACAAUACCAAACACACGUGUCUUUUCCUAGGCUAGGCUAGAGUUUACUGAGACCCUUCACCUGUGCUUGCAAAAAUGCAACGUGUGACAAGACAAGCCUAGCCCCAGUGUUGCUGUAACUACGGUAUACGGUCUGGUUCCCAACCUCACAACGAGCAACAAGAAAGGGAAUGAAUCAGCUUUUUUACAAAACCAAGCUAACGUGAAGACUAAAAUGAUUCACUAAUGUAGACAAAUCCGACGACCAAAAUUAGAAGCCAUUGCUACGGGGCCAUCCUGUUCGAAUGCAGGCGGUGCGUGCUCAUGAAAUUCCUUCUUGACCAAUAGGCAGUAGUCAAUUGCCAAAGUGUGCACGUGCGAUCAGGUUGGGAGAGCUGCUUGAGUGUAAAUGGCCCCCCGGAAUGGCAUCUCAUCCGAUUUGUCUAUACUAAUUAGCUUUAAAAAAGAGUGAAACCGUUUUAAAAUACAGAAGGGACAAGCAUAGUGAUAACACAUAACUUGUGUAUAGCUUUAGUUGAAAAUGAAUGCACAGCUUUGUACUUUCAUUGUGUCCCUGAAAUUUUGUGAAUACAGUGAAGUUGCCAAAAUAGCAGAAAGUCCCAAAGAGUUGUUUACUGUUAAACACACUUAAUCUUGCGUCAGUUUAUCUAGACUUUAUUCACACAAGUGCAAAAAAACCUGGAAGGUGUACUGUAUAAGGAUAAAAAUUGGUUGUUACUAUUGAAAAAUACUCUUGCGCAGAGGGGGCAGUGAUGGUCAAUGUCUGGCCUGAAAAAUUAUUACAAAUUACACCAUUUGUAUGCUUUCAUUAUUUAUGGUCUUUUUUUUGGGGGGGUGGGUUCUAUUCCUUACCAACAUGCCAAUAUCGGGGAGUUUGGUUUUUUUUUCCAAUUUCAGGAUUUUUCAAACAACCUAUUUAAAAAAUCCAGAAAUCCUGAGCUUACCUUUAUGAUAUUUUAAUGCGUAACGGUUAUUAUAGAACACGAGAAAUUGGCCAUUUUAAGGGGUGUCUUUGAGCAAUCAGACUCUUCACUACUGUGAGGGCAUGAUCAAACCCUUGGGUGAUUAUUUCAUGAACGUUUCAUUUUCUUCCAA